AUGUCGAUCCCGCGACUGGAACUUCAAGCAGGAGUAUUGGGCACAACACUGAUGGACACCGUCACGCAGGAGCACAGUGUGGCGAUCAGCAACUGUGUUGCACUGAACUUCAUGAGCCGACGUGGACCCGUCGUCAGGAUUAAGAGCGACAAGGGAAUGAACUUCGUUGGAGCCGACCGCGAGGCCAAGAGGUUCAGUGAAGUGUUCAAGCCUGAACAGAUCCAGGGCGAGCUGUCGUCUAAAGGAGUCGAAUGGAUCUUCAAUUGCCCUGGGAACCCAGCUGAUGGUGGCACCUGGGAAAGGAUGCACGUGCUGGAGAAUCUGCUGAUUGAAGCGGAGAGUAUAGUGAACUCUCGUUCGCUCACUCAUCUACCAGUGACGGUGGACCAGGAGGCUCCACUGACACCCAACGAUUUGCUGAAGGGAGCACCCGAUGUCCCAGAUCUUCCCAAGGAUGACGGACAGGAGUCCGUGAGAUGCGCUACCAGGAAGCAGUGGCGCAUAGCGAGGAUGAUGCGGGAUCGAUUCUGGAAGCGAUGGGUGCAUGAGUACCUGCCGACUCUUUUGCGCAGGGAGAGAUGGUGCAAGCACGUCGAGCCCAUUCGUCGAGGAGACUUAGUGCCGAAGUCAGUAUUAUAUGAAGUCUGGUAUUUAUAA